AGCCGACACAGACCAAUGACGGCUACACUCUCAGCAGGGACCAGAGAGAGUGGCGGCCUGAGCCGAUACCCUGUGCUGGUGUACGUGCACGGGGAGUCGUAUGAAUGGAAUUCUGGGAACCCGUACGAUGGCAGCGUCUUGGCCAGCUAUGGCGGGGUUGUGGUUGUCACCAUCAACUACAGGCUGGGAAUUCUAGGGUUCCUGAAUGCCAACACAGACUCGUACCUGCGCUCCCCUGCGAACUACGGCCUCAUGGACCAGAUAGCCGCACUGCAUUGGCUGCAAGAAAACAUCGCUGUGUUCGGUGGAGACCCCACCAACGUCACCAUUGUUGGACAUGGCACCGGCGCCGCCUGCGUCAACUUCCUAAUGACGUCGAGCGCCGUACCUGACGGUCUCCUGUUCCACCGAGCCGUCUUGAUGAGCGGUUCAGGUCUGAGUCCAUGGGCCCUGGUAGAGAAUCCUGCCCGGUACGCACAGCAGGUAGCUCGCCAUGCCAACUGUUCGCCAGAUCUACCGCAACCACAUCUGCUCAAAUGCUUGCGUGAGCGUCCACUUGAUACGUUACUGGCGACACCUAUAGAGGCACCCGAGUUCUCCACAGCCUUCGGGCCCUCAAUCGACGGCGUUGUUAUUGACAGCGGUGAACCCCCAGGUGGUGGGGGUGGUGGAUCCAGCAGUAAUACAGAUAGUUCCUCAAGAUACGGUGACUAUGUGAGUGGGAGUGGUAGUUCUGUUAAUCCCGGUAGUUCAAGUUCCAGUAGUGACUCUGGAUUCAACACAUUGAACAGUGUCCUCUUGAGAAAGUCCGUGGUCUCGAAGCUUUCAAGGUAUGACCUGCUUCUUGGAGUUGUUAAGGCGGAAGCGUACUUUGCAUUUUCUGGAGAGGAUGUUCAGUAUGGGAUCGAAGCGGACAGACGCUCUAGGAUAUUGAGAACAUUUGUGAGGAAUACCUACCGGUUCCAUCUAUCGGAGAUACUCGCAACUAUUGUCAAUGAGUACACAGACUGGGAAAGACCAGUGCAACAUCCAAUAAACAUCAGAGAUGAAACAUUGGAGGCUUUAAGCGACGCACAAGUAGUGGCACCUGUUGUCCAUACAGCGGAUCUGCACUCCGCUGCAAGAAGAAAUUCCUAUCUAUACGUCUUCGACUAUCAGACGAAGUUUGGAGACUACCCACAGAGACAAGGGUGUAUCCAUGGAGAGGAGCUGCCGUACGUGUUUGGGGCUCCCCUGGUGGGGGGGCUCUCCCACUUUCCCCGCAAUUACACCAAGUCGGAGAUGCUCCUUUCCGAAGCGACAAUGAUAUAUUGGAGUAACUUCGCUAGAACCGGGAACCCAAAUGAGCCUCAGGAGCCGGACCUUGUGCAUGGGGUGAGGCAAGAAAGGAAUCGCUUCAAAAACAUCGAAUGGACAGCGUACGAGGCCGUCCACAAGAAGUACCUCAACCUAGACACGAAACCUAAAGUUAAGACUCACUACCGGGCACAUCGACUGUCUUUCUGGCUGAAUCUGGUGCCAGACUUGCACCGUCCUGGUGGGGAUGAUGUGCCUCCUUCUCACCACAUGCUAGAAGAUGGUAAUGAUCACGCAGUUGGCCCAGGGGGCAGUGAUAUGGCGUUUGAUGGGCGCGUCCGUCAACCAGGCCUCAGGGACGGUGCUUCCAUCUCGAAGAAACCAGCAUCUGAAACUACCAGCACAUCAUCAUCUGCAGUUCAGGGUGGCAGCAAAGUUGACUCAGCUAGCACAAACAUCUCCGGUAACGCUGUUGUAACCAUUCAAAGUCUCCUACCUUCAGACUUAGACAAGAAUGUUGAUGAUGCAUCCUCGGCUGCAGCAGCUGCUUCAGCAUCACCACCUCAGCAACCGGAAGAUGGCUUCGCCGCUUAUUCUACAGCUCUCAGCGUUACUAUAGCAAUAGGUUGUUCCUUGUUGAUACUGAAUGUCUUGAUAUUUGCAGGAGUGUACUACCAGAGAGACAAGACGAGACUACACCAGGAGGGAGGGGGUCAGGGAGGGGUUGGAAAGAAGAGAGCGGAGAACGGGCAAAUGCCUAACAGUAUAUGUGGAGACCUCCUUGUCGUCGACGGUAGUGGAGCUGGCAGCACAACAAAUAUCAAAGGCUCUGAUCCUGGAGGUGGCGGGAUAUUAAGCCAACAUCACCACCACGCUCAUCAUCAUCAUCAGUUACCGCCACCAGAAUUUGCGGACUUACCCCCUCCAUCAAAUAAUUCCUCAUCUGGUACAUCAACCCUGCCAAGACCUCCACCACCUCCUAAAACAUCUAAACCACCCAUACCAACCCUGUCAAAUCCAAAUCAGUUACAGAGCUGUGGGCCAGAAUCUCAGCCCUUGUUACCACCCCAUAGCAUGCAGAUACUGAAUGCGGGACCAGGUAGUGGCGAAACGUUAACUAAGAAGGGGGGUGCACAUAAUAAUAAAAUGGAAGAAUUACGGGUGUGACAGCAACCAAACUUUGGUAUUCAAACUAUCACUACAGAUGUAUGAAAUUCAGGGACAGCAAAUAUGAUGGGUAGAAUGGCAUGCCAUUGAGUGAAAGUAUCUGUUCAACAGAAAUAAAAAUGCAGUGUGUUGGAUAUAAAUUUAUACAGGAAACAAUUUGAAAAACUGUCCUGUCAACGUUUUAUAAAUGAAGUGAAUUAUGGUUACCUGUUGCUGCCUGAAUCACAAAUGUUUAUUUUGGAUUAUUGACAAAGAUAGUAUUACACAUUGCAAUGAAAAGAAGAUCCCCUAACAAGGUGUGUUAAUGAAAGGGGUGCUUAAAACAAUAUUCCAGAUUCACUCAUCCAAUAUUCUUCUAUUUGUCUAGAAAAACAAGGAUGUAUCCAUUAAUUCAAAUAUAAAUGGGUUCAAUUUAAAAAUGUUUUGCUCAAAAUGAUUGACAAAGAGGAUGAAACAAGUAUACUUUAUGCUGCGUUGAUGAAGGGGCCUACUCUAAAUACAUAACUUUCCUUCGAUAUCACAAUGAAGAUGAACUUAACAUGGAAAAUAUUCACAACAAAUGGAUUCCAUUUUUCGCAUUUUAACUUUGAAAUAUCAGUUUCACAUACAAAAUUUACGUUUAGUGCCACAAUCACAUAGGUUAUUGUUGAAAAUGACCGUGUUUCUGUCAUCUGAACACAAAGUAACUUGUACUUACUGCUUUUCGGUUUUCACGAUAGUUAAUUAUUUCAACUCAACAUAGCGACUCACCAGCCUACACACUUUGGCAUUGAAGAUGAAAGGUACAUGCAUCCGUGAAACUUCGGAAACAUCACCCACAAGCACGGUUUAACAACCAAAGAACUCAGUAGCAGGCUUCUGAAAACAUAAUUUUAUUGACAAAAGCAUAGGAAAAGAACAUGAACCUUGGUCUGUAAUGUUAGAUGUCCACGUAAUUUUCAGGUUGUCACGCAAGUUAUUGACAUCAGUUUGUUUUAGUGCACGGCAAAUGCACUUCAUUUCACUAUACUAUUUUCAUUUUGCACUUACUAAAUUGCGCAUAACAAUAUGAAUUUGAUCAGUUGGUUUUCACAGCACACAGUCUUCCACAACAUGGAAACUACCACUUUCUACCGAUUGGCCGUCUUCAGGCCAGUGGCCACUGAUUUGUAUACAUAAUUUAUUUAGAAAGGUACCGCAGUUUCGAAAGUGGACUAGGCACUUCGCGUUGCUAGAGGAGAGGGGGAAGGGAGUGCUGGAAUCAUCAGUGACUUUGCACGUGGUACUCUGGCCUGUGACCUAUUUCCUCCCCUGCACUUGGUCGACGUACCAAUACUGUCAUUACAUUUUUCCAUUGUACUGAAUCAAAAAAUACGUGGAACCAAUCUUAUACAUUGAAAUAAUACAAAGUAUUUUGUUACCGGUUACUUAGCAUAUUCACAGUUACCAGUAAUAGUCAGUCAGUUUAAAGAAGUCAUUAAAUUAGCGGCGCGUUUUAUCCGAAAGGAAAAUAAUAAAUAGAAAUAAAUAACUUCAUAGAAAAUGUGGAAUAUCUUUCAUACGGGAGAGAGUAGCAUAGCUCAUUCAAGAUCUUUGACUAGCCCAAUACACAACACAUCGUAGGAUUAUGGUGUUACAAGAUUGCUGGAUGGGAUGUUUAAGUUAGGGCAACAUAUGAAGUGUGCAAAGCAUGUGUUCAAAAAUUCAGAGAGAAAGAAAAAUGUAUUCUGGUAGCUCAAAAAAAAACAUGUCACAAGGUACUGGAUGAAAAACACAAGCUUUCUUCUGUAGGUUGCAAACAUGGAUAAUAUUCUGUUGUGAGUAUUGUGACGUGCCGUCUAAAAGUCGGAACCUUUGAAUGAGAUCAAAGUUGAUUUCCUAGGCAGCGAGCAUUGACAAAGGACGUUCCCGCGACAACGGCUUAUCAUGGGACUAGUAUACAUGCAUUUCCAUGGAAACUCGGCUAGACACAUAAGUUAGGGCAGAACUGGAGGUGUUUCCGUGGCAACGCGUACAAAGGCAGAAGGUCACCACGGCAAUGAACUGCAUGUCGUACUGGUAGCCGCAAGACUCCUUCAGAAUAACACCAAGACGUACCAGGGGAACCGAUCCCCCCCCCCUGACGAAAAGACGCACAACAUUCAGGGUGGUGGAGCUGUGGAGAACCUGGCCACUUUGAGAGCAAUUGCCACUACUGAAGAAAAGCAGAGAAUAACUAGCGCCAGAAACGAGAAGGUGGGCUACCAAGAGACAAACGGGAAUCGCCGGGAAGAUGGUAAUGGCGACCAAGUAACGACAGGGAAACUAGUAGGAACAGUGACUAACUGUCGUGAAACGGGCGAGGCCCGGCAGAGAAGGGUGGUCGCCGGCAUAUACAUUAAUCCCCCCCCCCCAUUGCGCAGUGACGGACAUCACGAAGAAAACCAGCAGUACUCUGGUUACUAAGGUCUGGGUCGGUGACAAACUGUGACGGGUGACAGUGAACACUGGAGCAUGGUUGCAAGCCCAGGUUCCAUGCUGCAGACUCUGUCUGGGCGAUCCCUACCCAUUUUUAAAGAAGUUCUGUUAACGCUCACCCUGGGUGCCUCCCGCAAAGGAUGUGGGUUUUCGUCGCAGAUAUCACCAGUGAGUUCAUUCUGGGACUGGACAUACUGCGCGCCUACGAUGCAUCUGUGGCCAUAAGUCGGCAGACAUUCAGCAGGAAGUACAAACCGGACGACGACCGGAAUGGAAAGACAUCGCUGACCAUAGUCCCAAGUACAAAAGCUACUGGGCUCAGUGGAAAUCGCUCGCUGUGAGAAACGGCAUACCGGAGCGCAACUGGGAAUCCGCCAAUGGACAAUCUCAAAUAACCAAAAUAGUUCUUCCUCGGAGGAGACUUAUCUGGUGACGGUCCAGCUGCACUGACAACAAUGACAUCUAUUUCUGAUGCCAGUCAAACACAUACUAAGGGAAUAAUGAAAUGGAAAUUGAUUUUAGGCAUGUAGUACUGCUGUCACUUUAAAAUUAAUGCUCCAACGUGCAUGAUCGAGGGCUAAGUUUUGUAUAUUUUGUUUAAGCCAUAUGGCUAUUGCAUUUCGACUACACACUUUCAAGGCUGGAACACUGAUUUGCUACUUCCAGUAACUUGUAGAACAACACAGAAAGAAGAAAGUCGCCUUCUUGGUUUAGGCACCGUGUAUUCUUCAUUUUGGCCGACGUUCUUCCGAAACGUCGGCCAAAACGAAGAAUACGCGGUGCCUAAACCCAGAAGACGACUUUCUUCAUAGGCAUCGCCGUGAAAACCUCAAAACUUAAACACAGAAAGAGUUCAGAAAACAAUAACUUGUAUAAAAAGAAAAUUAUGAUGUGAAAGUAAAAAUUUACGGUUCCAGUGUCUGCAACAUUUUAUACUUCUCCCAUAAAUAAUAUUUUAACUGCAAACCCACGUACGUAGCAUGGUUAAUGAGUUAGAAACAGCAUGGUAGCCAUCAGAUUCAAAGUUGAAUAACUCAUACGAAUUAGCAUAUGAUUAUCCAUUCUCAUUACGUCUCAACGUCUCACAGAUGACUACUACAUUCCAGUGUCUUAUGCUUCUUAGUGUUGCCAGACACCACACAAAGAGAUGCAGACGUCUUCUUAACCCUAUCAAGACUGAAUUUCUUCUAGUAAACUAUUAAACAGGAAACACAGUUCAUCUCACCUACAAUGAUCAAUCAAUUAAUGCUUUUUAGGGUAACGGUUAAUGGUCAUUAUGAGAACCAUAUGGAAUACACAGGUACACUGUGUGGGCAGAAUGCAGAGUUCUAGUAUGUUAAAGCAGAUGGUACAUGUAGAACACUGAGCUUUGAAGGGUUAAUCAGAUAUUUCACUUAAUCAAAGAGUCAGCAAAGGUAAAAAAAAAAGUAUUAUCGCUUGUUUCCUGAGUAACGCGACAAGAAAAUUUACAUGGGUCUCUGAUUUGGAUAAAUAUUGAUCGGACGAUCACGCUUUACACUCACAAAUACAACUAUUCACACUUAUAGCGUCUUCGGACGUUUCCUCUUUUAAUGUUAUACACUCUUGCACAGCUAAUCUCGGUGAAGUGUCUUCUGCUCUGCUCGGAGCUCAACUGUCCUUAGGUCUCGUCGGAUACCAACUGACUGGCCUCUUGCAGAGUAUGAACUGUUAUAUCAUACACUCGGACUGAAUAGGGAACACCUUGUCGAAGGGUUAAUUUCACCCGCUGCUAUGCAACGAAUCUCAUUUUGCCGCGGAAUGCAUUUCGUUACAAAUAACGGUGGAAACCCCACUAAACCCCACUCUUAGACUUUCAUUUCCGGGGCAACGAUUUCCGAGGAAUUGCUAACCGUUGACCAGUUAUGGGCAUGUUAUCGUCCGACCUUCCAGGCGGCACGUUACAAUAUUAUUUGAAGCAUGUUGAGCAUUUAGUCACUACAUGCCUGUGCACAGAGAAACAAGACACCAGCACCUAGUUUUGCAGUUUCAAAGUUAACAAUACGAAACAGCGUAAUAUGGAAUCCAAGUAAAAUAUGACCACGAAAAAUAUAUAUAAUUGUUUAGUGAAUAUGCAUGUAGAUUUUUUAAACAUGAAAAUCUCUUUAUACAAUAUAGCAGGAAUGAAAGUGACAACAAAGAAUUAAACAAGAAACAAGUCAGCAUGAAGUUGAGUCAUUUAUGAAAUGAAAACUGCUGAAAAGAACGGCUUACAGGAACAUCCCCUUGGGAACAUACGGUAAUAUCGUGUCACAAUUAACAGUGGAAACAAGAACGACGUUGCUCAUUAUAUUUAAAAUUAACAAAGGACUCAUUCAAGUGUAUAAUGGUUGAGUAAUAUUUUUGCCAGAGUGACAGUCACAGAAAUGAGUUUUCUGCAAGCAAAGAGAAAACUUAUAAAAUGUGUGUGUAUGUUGGUGCAUGUGAAUAUGUGUGGGUGUGAGCGAGGGUAAAGGGUAUAUAAAAUGUUAUGUUAACUGCGGUUGAAAUAAAAGUAUGAA